AUGACGACUCCUAUACCACCACCUGACAUGAUCAAAGAUGAACCCCGAACACCUGUCCGGUUUCCCACUUCACCAUAUCUUCAAGUGAAGGAUAAAUCAUUGGAUGGAUCGCCUACAACACCUCAGAAAUCAGUACGGUCACCUUCGUCAUCUCGCAUUGGGUCUUCUCCUGGAUCGAUGUCCAUGUCACAACGUCGAGGUGUUAAACCUUCUUUCCCUGGUGCAAGGACUGUCAGACCAGGAGGAACGAAUGUAAGGGGACUACUCACCCCGCAACAAUCAGGAUCAUCACGUCAACCACCUUAUCCAUCCCCUAUCCCUCUUAUAUCGGCCCCGCUAUCUCCUCCACCAGGAACACCACAAAGAUGGCAUCAGUCCGCCCCAGCAGCACCAAUGGCAUCGCCCAAGUCCCAGCAAGGAAUUCCUCACCCAAAUACAUACCAAGUAAGCUUGGAUGAAAUACCAAAGGAUUUCGUGCUGAAGAAAUUGGUUCAAUUGGCAAGUAAAUAUUGGUAUGCGCCGCAUUCAGCUGAUUGUCAUAUAAUCGUCCCGAUCAAAAGAGUAGCUCGAUCGCCUACUAUACCAAGUACUCCUCGUACCGCUGUUCCGCCUCUCCAUCCUCGACGUUCAACUCAGCCCCAUGUUCCGCAAACAGCCAAUAACGAGAACCACACGCUGCAUGCCCGACCUGGGGACUCCUUUCUGGGCCCAACAACACCUACAGCGGCCUCGAUCCGGGACGCAGCCAGAGGUGCGCUGUCCCUGAAUGGUGAAGAAGAUGUCAAGCCGGAUGUGCUGAGUAGCAGUGUACAGACUUUGGAUGGAGCUAGAGAUUUUACUGGUAGAAGAGGAAGUUUACCUGGUGGAAAUCAGCUUGAGCAAUGUCUUGUUUUCCCUUUGCAUCGAGAUUACCUUACCACUCAAUCGAUCCUCUUUCGAACGCUUCUCAACUCUCCCGCAGCUCACUUGUCUCACCCGCCACCCAGGGAUUUCGAUGGCAGAUUGCUCUUCCAGUCGCCAGUGAUCAGAGGCGCAAAAGUAUUACCUACGAAAGCGGAUAAACCGAAAGCUCUGUAUGUCCCAUUGCCUGAUCCUGCUAGUUUCGGAGUGUUGUUGCAUUGGCUGUAUUGGCACGAUGCAGACCAUUUCAAUCAUUGUCUUUCAAAAGGUCUUGUAACAUGGCAAGGUGUGAUUCGCAAUAUUGAAUAUCUAUCACUCGAUAAUGAGGUCAAGCUACUAGCUGGAAAAUGGUGGAAAAGAUGGAUCAAACCUAUUGAACCUACUGAAAGACGCCGAGGUAAAACGGGAGUAGCAUCUUCGAGGGCAAGUGGGAAAAGAAGAGCUUUAUCUACCUCUGCCGCGAAGACACGUGAUAUUGGGAAAAUGGUGAUCGAUCAUCAUGAUGAUGAAGAAGAUGAAGAAGAUGAAGAUUUUCUCGAUGGCGAUGGUGAAGGAUCGGAUAGCGGUGAUGAAGCUGACGACGAAGAUAUUGGCAUUAACGUCAAUCGUCAAGUGGAUGGUGGAAUAGCGGAUCAUGUUUCACUUAAAUUGGGUCAAUUAUGA